AUGAAGAACACAUUACUAGCUUUCCUCCUUCUCAUUGUCUUAAGUUCACAACCUUUACUUGGUUCAUCUCAAGCAUCACCCGAACAAGUUCUCGACAUAAAAGGCAAAAACCUUCGAGCUAAUACCUAUUACAACGUUCUUUUAUCCAUGCCCUACACCAAUUGUAAAAGUCCUGAAGGUCUAGGUCUUUCUAGUAAUAUUGAUCAACCGUGCCCUCUUGAUAUCAUUGUUGUGAGUAGAUACCAAAGUCUCCCAAUUAGGUUUACACUUCUUAACCCAAAAAAAGGCAUUAUUCGUGUCUCGUCCGACCUAAACAUCAUGUUUGAUUCGAACUCAAGUUGCCCUUAUCAUACCACGGUGUGGAAGCUUGAUCGUUUUAAUGUUUCGAAAGAAAAGUCUUUAAUUAUAACAGAUGGUUUUAUAGGUGCCCCGGGUCCACAUAGCAUUGGAAAUUGGUUCAAGAUUGAGAAAUAUGUGGAGGGUUAUAAGUUUGUCUAUUGUCCUAGUGUUUGUUCUUCUUGCAAACAUGAGUGCAAAGAUGUUGGGUUGUUUGUGGAUGAAAAUGGGAAUAGACGUUUAGCUCUCACUGAUGUUCCUUACCAAGUUAAAUUCGUUAAGGCUUAG